AUGAAAGCCCACAUCUCCCCCGCCGCAACUGCCUGCGCCACCGCCUCCCAGGACUGGAGCAUCUACCUCGACACGAAACUAUCACUAAGUACUGAAUCCACGAGCGGGUCGGUUCCGACGCUUACUCCGACUUCCACACUCCGACUUGGCGUUAGUAAUCCGGGAAGGGAAGAUGAAGGGAGGGAUCCGCCCCGAAGCCGAGGGAAGAAGAAGAAGAAGAAGAAGAAGAAGCAAGCGGCCAUCAGAAUGGCUGAUGCAUAUGAGAUCAGUGCAUUUCCUGAUGAUAUCAACAAUAGUGAUAUGAUGGCUGACUCGAGUAAAACAGACUUGUAUGUGGAGAUAUCAUCAAAUGGAGAGGUGGUUGAGAUAAAUCCAGGGGAUAUUCUAACUCGAGUAGAAUUAGAUUUGGCUUAUGCUUCCGAGAAGUCGCUUAAUUUGAGUCUGUUCACAAUGCAAGUGGCAAACAGGGAAGGUGACUUUGAGGCCCUUGUUUCAGCAUCAAAUGUAGAUUUGUUUUCCGAUACAGCAGGGAAAGGUCUGGAGUUUGAUCUAUUAUCUGGGAUUUUGGAGUUCUUGGUGUCAGAGCUGGAUCAAUUCCUAGGGAAUUUGCAGGCUGAUAUAGAUGAGGUUAGUGGUAUAUUGUUUUCAUAUAAAGAUGCAGGGGGCAUAUCUUUCGUGCUGGAAGAAAAGUUGCAAGAUUGCAAGGCCUCAUUGCAACAGUUGCAAGAUCAAGUGUCAGACAUUUGUGCCCAAUCUUCUGAGUUUAGGAGGACCUUAUCAUCCGUGCAUGGCGAACCAAGUGGGGGAAAUGGAGGGAUGUACUCCCCGGAAAAUGACCAACCGGCAAACAAAAACUCAAUGAUUGAUAUGAAAACAGCAGAACACCAAAGACAGAUCUUGAGGAUGCUUGAGAAGUCCUUGGCGAGGGAGAUCGAUCAUGAAAAGAAGCUGGCCGAGUCAAAUCAACUUGAAGAAGAACUGAGACAUAGGCUACAGUCAGCAGAGGAAGAUGCAUAUUUUAUGGAUGAAGAAGUAAUUGAUGUUUGGGAAAGGUGUUUUGCAGCAGAAAAUACUGCUGAGAUUCUGAUGGGAACCUCGAAAGAGCUAUUAGGUCAACUUCAAGUUCUACAGUUCAACUUGACUUGCACGAGCCAGAGAGAGGCUUAUCUGAAAUCGAGGCUUAAAGAAUCUUCAGACCAAUUGGACGCAAAAGAAACUGCUUUGCAGAAGUUCAAUAGCAGUAGUUCAAAGCUGAAUGACUUCCUUCUAGCUCAAACUGAUAGCCUGAAAGCCAAAUUGGCCGAAGCUGAGGACAAAUUAGUCCUUGCUAAUUCAGAAGCCUUCACUUUAAGUGAGAAGGUCUGUUUGCUCGAAAAGCAGCUGAAAGAAUCUGAGUGUCAGGAGGAUCAUAGCAUUUCGAAUUCUGAAAUCACACGACUGGUUAGUGAAAAUGAGGAUUUGAUGGUAAAACUGUCGAAAGCAGAAAGUAAAGCCGAAAGUGAAGAAAGAAAGUGCCAGUUACUGACAGAAACGAACAUGGAACUCAAUGAAGAAAUUGAGAUUCUUAAACACAAGUCUGAGAAGGUAGGUGGUUUAGAAAAGCAGUUGAAAGAUUAUGAUAUCAGAAUCCAACAUGCUGAGGCAUCUGCUGAAGCUAGUCAAGAGAAGCAAACCAUGUUGUACUCUACAAUAGGAGACAUGGAGAAUCUCAUUGAGGAUCUCAAGUUGAAAGUUUGCAAAGCUGAAGGACAUGCAGACAGUGCAGAGGAUAAAUGCAUCAUACUGUCAGAAUCUAAUGCAGAGUUAAAUGAGGAACUCGGGUUUUUGAGGGGUAGACUUGAACGUCUGGAAGCUUACUUGAAUCGUUGUGAGGAGACAAAAUUAGUUGCUGCAAAGGGCAUUAGCUUUCAGAGUAAAGUGAUGACCGAUUUAGUGAUGCAAUUAGCUAUUGAAAGAGAACGUCUAAGGAAGCAGCUUUCAUCUCUAGCAUUAGAGAAUAGAACCUUGUUAACACAGCGGCAGCAGACAGAAGAUGAAAAGCAUUUAGCUACUGAUAAAAAGGAAUCUGAUAUCCUGGCUGGUGGUUCAAAGGUGGAGGGUAGUCGGGAAACCAUGUUGGAUGGUGAGACUAAAGCUGGGGCUGUAGUUGAUGUGGGAUUGUCCAACCAAAAGCAAGUUUUGAUGGCAAUGGUGGUUGUAUUCAUUUCAGCAACUUUCUACCUUCUCCAACCAGAGAUUCGCGAAUUCUUCCGAAGAUAUUAG